UUACAGGCCACAGGACCAAACCAUUUCAACCAAGAAGAACCAUGCUAAGACUUCUGAAUUAAACGUGACAAUCAACCUGCAUCCAACUUACCAGAAUAGGGGACCAUGGACAUUGAAGCAUAUUUUGAAAGAAUUGGUUAUAAGAACACUAGGAAUAAAUUGGACUUGGAAACAGUAACUGAAAUUCUUCAGCACCAGAUGCGAACAGUUCCCUUUGAGAACCUUAGCAUGCAUUGUGGGGAGCCCAUGGAUCUGGACUUAGAGGCCAUUUAUGACCUAAUUGUGAGGAAGAGGCGGGGUGGGUGGUGUCUCCAGAUUAAUCAUCUCCUAUAUUGGGCUCUGACCACCAUGGGUUUUGAAACCACAAUGUUGGGAGGAUAUGUUUACAUAACACCUGUCAACAAAUAUAGCAGCAAAAUGAUUCACCUGCUAGUCCAGGUGACCAUCAGCGGCAAGAGCUACAUUGUCGAUGCUGCCUUCGGAAGCUCCUACCAAAUGUGGGAGCCUUUGGAAUUAAUUUCUGGGAAGGAUCAGCCUCAGAUGCCUGGCAUCUUCCGCUUAAAGGAAAAGAACGGAGCCUGGUACUUGGAGCAAAUCAGAAGAGAGCAGUAUGUUCCAAACCAAGAAUUUGCUAAUUCUGAACUCCUUGAGAAGAAUAAAUACCGAAAAAUUCAUUUCUUUACUCUUAAACCUCGAACAAUUAACGACUUUGAGCAUGUGAAUACUUACCUUCAGACAUCCCAAACAUCUGUGUUUGUAAGCACAUCACUUUGUUCCCUGCAGACCUUAGAAGGGGUACACUGCUUAAUAGGCUUCACGUUCACAUGUAGGAAAUUCAAUUAUAAGGAUAAUGUUGAUCUGGUAGAGUUUAAGAAUCUGGAUAAGGAAGAAAUUGAAGAAGUACUGAAAACUGUAUUUGGCAUUUCUUUGGAGAAUCAGCUUGUGCCCAAACAUGGUGACCUAUCUUUUACUAUUUAAGGUAAGAAGCAAGAUCACUCUUCAUUAUUAUUAUAUGAAUCCAAACAUUUUGAUUUUUUUAAAAAAACAUACACAAAUGUAUCCAUAACCAUCACUGAAUAAUGGUCAAUUGACAGCUUAUUGUAGCUUCUCUUCCUCUACAUUUUCAAGAAGAAAGUUCUAGAUAUAUCAUUUCACUCAGAACAGUAUCAUCAGUUAAUUAAAUGACACAUCUUCAACACAAGCUCUACACAUAAGAUGAUUGCAUCUCUCAACUCUUACCAGAGAAGUUUCCUUAUACAGCAGAUGGUGAUUAACACA